CCGAAACGACUGGGGCGUAAAGGUCAGGGAGCGAAACGACCGAAUACCCAGCGAUUGGGAAAUCGAUUCCAUAUUCACAACGAGGCCAACGGCAAGCGUGUCGACGUAGAAAAGAAAAGAUGGCGGAAGAUCGUGAAAACCGAGAACAUGAUGAAGAAGCUUCAAGAUCACGAUAUGACGGUCCUAGAGGCCCACCACCUCCUCCUUAUAGGGGACCAAGAGGACCAGGACCUCGAGGACCUCGUCCUCCUUAUGGUGGUCCACCAAGAGGUCCUCCUAGAUUUAGGGGCCCACCUCCACGUGGUCCUCCUCCUGGUCCCCCAGGCAUGAGAGGACCACCCCCAGGCAUGAGAGGACCCCCACCAGGUAUGAGGGGACCUCCACCAAGGCCAUUUGGACGUCCACCCUUUGAUCCUGCCUAUGGGCCACCACCAGGCAUGCCCCCACCAGGAAUGCCACCACCAGGCAUGCCCCCACCACCUGGUAUGCCACCACCACCUGGAAUGCCACCACCACCAGGCAUGCCCCCACCGGGUGGACGUCCUCCAAUGGGUAUGCCCCCACCAGGUAUCCCACCUCCCAACUUUAAUGUGCCGCCACCAGGCUACCAAGCAGGACCUAGUUCAGGUGCUCCAGCAUCUGGAUCGGGCCUCUCCCUGGAUGGUGAAAUAUGGGUUGAGAACAAGUCGGCAGAUGGCAAGUGCUACUAUUACCAUUUGAAAACGAGGGAAUCAAAGUGGACCAAGCCGGAGAAUGUUAAGAUCAUCACACAGGAAGAGGUGGAUAAUCUUGCCAAGGCCCAGGCCCAGGGAGGACCGGCAGCCACAAGUGCUUCACCAUCAACUGCUGCUCAGGCAGCUGUAGCUCAUGCCCAAGCCGCCAGCCAGGCCAUACAGAACCAGGGGCAGCCAGCAGAGGGCACACAAGCACAGACAAAUGCUGCUGAGCCAGGCUCAGAGUCUCCACAGCAACAGCAGCAGAUGCCUCCCCAGAACAACGCACAAAAACCUCCAUUCCCAUUCGCGGGAUUUCCUCCUGGUAUGAUGCCACCAGGUUUCAAUCCUAACAUGAUGCCACCGCCAGGCUUCAACCCAAACAUGCCACCACCAAUGGGUAUGGGAGGCCCCCCGGACAAGAUGCCAAAUCAAGCUGGAGACGACUCACAGGCAGCGCAGCCGACGGAGAACGCUGCUUCUAGUCCCAAGCAGAAUGAGCCACCAGUUGCUGUCUUCCAGUCAGCAGCCAAACCUCAGGCGCCUGUUAAACCAGCAGAGGUGGCAGAGUGGUUCGAGUAUAAGACGGGUGAUGGGCGGCCGUACUAUUACAAUGUGAAGUCGCUUGAGACGACGUGGGAAAAGCCAAAAUGUCUGUCAGACUGGGAAGAGACAAUGGCCAAGUUCAACCAGACGCAGAAUCAGACGACAGCGCCAUCACCCACGCCAGUUCAGCAGAUCCAAGCCAAGGUCCAAGCCCAGGCUGCAGCCAUACACGCACAGCAACAACAACAAAUACAACAACAACAACAACAACAACAGAUACAACAACAACAGCAGAUGCAACAACAGAUGCAGCCAGUGAUGCAUAAAGAGGAAGGGAACAGGAUGAACGGGGAUGUGAUGGCAGAGGAACCGAUGGAGGCAGAGGAGGCCCCUGAAGAAAAGAGAGAAGAGGAGAAAGAAGAAGAAGAGGAAGAGAUGACAGAGGAACAGAAGGCAGCUGAGAGAGCCAAGCCAGUCUCCAGUACCCCUGUGCCAGGCACACCCUGGUGUGUUGUUUGGACUGGUGAUGGCCGCGUGUUCUUCUUCAACCCUAGUCAGCAGAAGUCAGUGUGGGAAAGACCCGAGGAUCUCGUGGGACGUUCAGAUGUUACCAAGAUGGUCGAGACGGUUCCAGAUGUUCUGGAAAACAAAGGUCUGAAGAAAAAAGCCGAAGAAGAGGUGCUAGAAGAUGAGCCAAAACCCAAAAAGAAGAAGAUUGAAGAAGAAGUGAAGAAAGAAGAACCAGUGGUACAAAAGAAAGAUCAGCGAACGAUGAUCGACGCUGGCAAGGAGGCGGCCAUUGAGGCUGAGGUGAAGGCGGCGAGGGAAAGGGCGGUCGUCCCACUCGAGAUCAGGAUGAAGCAAUUUAGAGAUAUGCUGGCUGAGAAAGAGGUGUCGGCAUUCUCUACCUGGGAAAAAGAGCUGCACAAGAUCGUGUUUGAUCCGCGUUACCUUCUGCUGACGUCGAAGGAACGCAAGCAGGUGUUUGAGCACUACGUGAAGGAGCGAGCUGAGGAGGAGAGGCGAGAGCGCAAGAAUAAGCUGAGGGAGAAGAAGGACCAGUUCAGGGCGCUGAUGGAAGAGGUCAAACUUCAUGGGAAGUCAUCGUUCAGCGACUUUGCCUCCAAAUAUGGUAAGGAUGAACGGUUCAAGGGUAUCGAGAAGAUGCGUGAACGGGAAAAUCUGUUUGCUGACUACUGCUCGGAGCUGAGGCGACGGGAAAAAGAGGAGAAGGCCAACCAGAAAGAAAAGCUUAAAACGGAGUACAUACAAAUGCUGAAGGAGCUAGGCGAUCUUGAACGUCAUUCUAGUUGGAGCGCGACGAAACGACGCAUUGACUCUGACCCACGUUACAAAGCUAUCGAAAGCAGCUCUCGUCGUGAAGACUGGUUCAGAGAUUAUGUCAAGAACCUUGAUGAUGAAUCGGACGAUGCUGAUGAACGCCGGGAUCGUGAGCGGCAAGAACGAAUCGAAGUCAGUUUACGCGAACGCGAGAAAGAAGUUCAGAGGUCAUUGUCGUCAUCGUUGAAGGAUCGCGAUCGUGAACGUGAGCAGCAUAAGAAGGAUGAGGCGAUACAGCACUUCAAAGCUUUGUUGGCCGAUAUGGUUCGUAUUGCCGACUCGUCAUGGAGAGACACAAGAAAAACACUGCGUAAAGAUCAUCGCUGGGAACUCGUCGAAUCACUUGACCGAGAUGAGAAAGAGAAGCUGUUUGAUCAACACAUUGACGCACUCGUUAAGAAAAAUAAAGAAAUGUUCCACAAGCUUUUAGAUGAAACGUCAGAAGUGACCUUGACAUCAACUUGGAAGGAAGUCAAGAAGCACAUAAAGGAUGAUCCGAGAUAUUCGAAGUUCACAUCAAGUGACAGGAAAAGAGAGCGUGAAUUCAACGACUACAUUCACGAGAAGUUCAUCGUGGCCAAAGCUGACUUCAGAGAGUUACUCAAGGAGACAAGACUGAUCACGUACAAGUCUUACAAGAUGACUCAAGAUGCCGAUCAGCAUUUAAAAGAUGUGGAGAAGAUACUUCAGAAUGAUAGACGUUACCUUGUGUUGGACUGCGUUGGUGAAGAAAGGAAAAAAAUCUUACUGGGUUAUAUGGAAGAUCUUGAUCGAAAGGGUGUACCUCCCCCACCCACGGCAUCGGAACCGAGCAGACGAAAAUAAAGGAAGUGAAUGACGUGGAUCGUAUCGAGAUCUGUAAAGUUCCUGCUGUAUCAUAACAUAAUUGAAUGAACGAUGGAUGCUUAAGGCGAUGAGUUGGAUGGUCUCAGAGCAGUUUGAAGUCGGCCUGUAUUCAUCUGUUUGAGUUUGUUUUGAGAAGUUGUUCUGGGGCGAGUUGAAUGGUGGGUUUUGAGAGUUCUCAUGGUUUUAAACCAGGCGUUGUCUUCAUCAAUGGCAAGAGCAUUGAGAUCUUUAGGCUGAACCUGAGGAGAAUGUUGACACUCAGUUUGACUGAGAAAACGGGCUUGACAGGCAUUAGACUUGUGUUUGUGCUUCUAAGCUUAGCGUGACUGCUUUUACUGUGAAGUAUUCAAAAUUGGUGUGUGAAGACCUGUGCAUAGUGUAUCUGAAAAAAAUUGGCAAGCACCCAUGGUAGGACAGGAUUCUCAGCAUGAAAUGUAGCAGUUUGCACUUACAUCUAGUAGGCCUAUGAGCAAGCAAAGACACAGAUGUUGCAUGUUGAACUUGGGAGAAAUGAAGGAACGCAUUUGUAAAAUUGUGUAAGAUUAUUGUUGUUUUGAACCAGGUACCACAGUGAACUCGAGACAGGCUUAGAGUAAAUAAUGUGAGUUUGGUCAUUGGAUUAAAAAUCAAGAGUCUGAUCAUUUUUAAUUUGAACUUGGAAUCUAACUUAUGGGACAAUUCAGUGUUGUGUUGGCGAAAUAAAAACAAAUGGAAGAGCUUGUUUCCGUCAGUCUCGUUCAGCUAGCUAUCGUUGAUAAGAUAGGCACUUGAAGUUUUAUCGACGAGAGCCUCUGUAAUGUCUUUAUGGUGAAUACUGUGAAAAAGGAAAUCAUGAGCAACUUAAAGUCUACGGGAGGUGACCUGUACCUCAUGAUGGCUUCAUUACCUUUACACGGAGAGUGCUUUGACUACUGGUAGUGCAGAAACUGUCAUGGAGUGCAUUUAUGAUAUUCAUGAACCAGAUUUCGUUCUUGGUAUUAACUGGGAUUUGAGCAUGGUUACAUUCUACUGUGAUCUCUGAUUGCCAGGGGUAGCGAGGCCAUGAUGUUGUAACAGUUCACAUAAAGCAAUGAUUUUAUCAAAAAUGUUUUUACAUCUUAGUCCACAGGUUAUCAUGACUGUAACUUGAUAAUUUUAUUCAACACUGCUUUAAUGCAUAUCAGGUAUCUUCAAUCUAAGAUGUGCGGUCAGUUUUAUACUUUGAUGCAUUGGCGUGAUUGACCAAUAUUGGAUUGGCCUUUAUGACACUUGAUGAUGACUUUGUGGCGAUACAGGGCAAAAGUUGAAUCCAGAAAAUAAUGAGGCUUCAAUCAGUAAAGAGCAUAAAAACUUCAAAGAAUAAUGAUGAAAGUUCUGUUAGUGUUGGUUGUGUAUCUUAUUUUGGAAAACUUGCAUGUAACAUAAAAGUCAAUAGUCCGGUAUUCGUUGCCUGGUACGUACAUGUACAAGCUGUUGAGAAAAUAAAGAGGUCAUGAUAACUAUAA